CAAAAAAGAGGAAAAAUCUUGAUAUUUGGUCUUAGUAGUUGUAUUGACUGUACAUGUAUCUUGUUUUAUUUUUUCAGACUAUAUUUAAUUACACAAGGCUGGCAAGCACUUCAUCAUCAUGACAGUUAUUAAAAUACUUGUGAUUUCAACCUUGUUGGGCGUUGUACAAUCCAUUCAGGAAUGUCCAAUGGAAAUCUACCAUCAAAAGGUUGAUGGCAAAGAUAUUUGUAAAGUUACAUGCCCUGAAUGUGAUCCAGGGAAUGAACCUGUGACACCAUGUCACGAUAUAGUUCGCACCAGAACUUUUCAAAUUGGAUGUAAGAAUUGCAGUGCGGGAAGGUACAAAGACAAACAUGGCAGCCAUGCUUGCCAGUCCUGUGUUGAAAAGUGUCCCGAAGAUCACAUUCCUACCUCACAAUGUAAUGCUACUACACCACUGCGGUGUGAGUGUAAACCAAGAUUUUUUUUCCGCGUAUCAACUGGCGAUUGUGUUUCAUGUUGUGAAAAAUUAACAUUGCUGGAUGAGAUAAAAAAAUGCAAAGAUGUUAUUGAGACAUGUCACACUGGCAUAAAAACGACAAAUAAUCCACAUGUGUCAAAGUUGCCAUCGUCACCUGUCAAUGGCACGGUCAUUGGUGUAUUUUGGAUUGCUAUCGGAAUUUUAAUUCUAGUAAUAGUUUUACUUGUGGGAAUUAUAGGAAUUGUAGCAUAUAAAAAGAAUGUAUGUAGGAAAAAAGUGACAAAGCUAAGAGAAGAGCAUGAGCUGCAAAGCAUCAAUACAGUAAAUGAUGGUUAUGCGGAAACCCUAUCAGGAAAUGAUGCAGCCGCACCUCUACUGUCAUUGCCUGUACACACAGAUGGCCAGCUUCAAAUUGCAAGACAACCGUCGGUAUCUGAAGAUUCAACGAUGCAGUACCAAGACAGUAAAGUUUCUCAGCCAGAUGAUGACAACUUGUCAUGUGCUGGCGAAAGAAGGAAAGAUUGGGGAACAGAUGUUUUGGGUAGUCCUAGUGAGGAUGAUUUGUCUGUGACGCAUCAUGACUCGACAACUUCUUCCAUCAUUGUACAAGCAGAGAUAACUCCAGGAUUAAAGAUACCUCCACGAAUUCCACCUUCUGCGUUUCAGUUCAGUGCACCCAUCACAAUGAAUAUCACGAACACGAGUAUUUCGCCUUCUGAGAUUUGCACAAAAGACAACAUCGUUAAUUCUGGCCUAAACAAACUUGUUGACCCAGAUUUAAACAACGAAGACUCGAAGUUAGGCGUGCGUAAAAAACAGGUGGAAGCGAAACCGUCUUUUUAUUUUUGCUCCCAAGACAUCCCAGAUUCGUGUUUAUUCGUAGAGAAUGGUGAUGCCCCAUUAACAACUGCUGUAGUAAGGGAGGUGGAAAAAAACGAUAUGUUUUUGCCCAACAAAUGUCACGUGAGCCACGAAGAUGGCUGAGAAACGAAACAAAGUCAUCCGAUUAUUUUUUUAUAUUUUUAGAUGUAAUUUUUUUUGAUAAAUCAAAAUUGUAAUUUUACGGGACGGGAAUAAACAAGAUUUUUUUGCCUCGUUAACUCCGAAAAUAAAUGUAAAGUUUGCACUGUUUACUUUUUAUGAGAUCAUGCUAACGUACAAAUUUCCAUAUCAGAUAAGGACAAACAUUGAUAGAAUUUUUUUCUAUUUCCAUGUUUAGAAAUAAUAUAAAUCAUUUUUGUGAUGUUCUCAAAGAAAGUGUCUAGCAGCAAACGAAAGAUAUAUACUUAUUUUAGCAAUUAUUACAGAUUCAAACUAAUGAGGAAAAUUUGUUUAUAUUUUUUUUAUCGUUUUUAUGCUAAAUCUUUUUUAGUUUUUUAGAAUGUAGUGUAAAUGCAAUCAGUAUGAAUUUCUAUUUUUAGUAGUAUAGAUAAUUUUUUUACUCGAGUAAGAACAGACUUUUAUACGCAAAAACAUAGCCGACGAUAACACCAAUAAGCUUUUAACAGUGAACAGCAUAAAAUAAAAAAUUCAGUCUAACUUUGUGGUUACUGGUCAUCUCAAAAUGAAAAUUUUAUAGUCAGGUAUGUUUUGUAAUCCCUGCCGUUGACGCUUGGGAUGCUAUUAUAUGUACAGUACACAUCAGCCCAAAACAAAAAAUCUUCGCAAUAGAACAUUUAGCAGUUGGCUGAUGUGUUCUGAACAGUGUUUUGUAUAAAGCGCACUCGUAUGUUAAUGUAUAUAAAGAGAAAUUUUCAAGCAAAUAAGUGUUGCACGUUGAGAGACAGAGUUCAGACAAACCCUGGAAAACCUGAGAAAAAUGUCUUUUUUGAAAAAUUUCAGAGAAAUUCAGGAAAACCCAGGGACAAAUUUUUUUUUCCAAUUUAGGGAAAACUUGGGGAAAUUUUUUUGUCAGCUUUACCACCUUUUUACGCCCUAAACCUGUUUAAAUCUAAGUGAUCUUUAAGAUACUUAAAUGAGUUAUAAUUUUACCUAUUGAUGUUUUCCAGCUCUAAUAUUUUGGUUAUGGCAAAUUAUGUACAGUCUUCAACAAAUAAAUGUAGGUCUUGUAUCUGGCAAUUUUGCCUACUUAUAUUUGCUCAAGGAAAAAAAGGUACCAAAACCUGGUCAGUUUUAGGGAAAAAUGCCUUCAAAACGACCAAAAACUUCGGGAAACUCAUGGAAUCUAUUUUGUCAGCUUUCAGUUUUUUAAGGAAGCUUAACUUACCAUAAUGAUUUGUGUGAAUGCCCAGCAUUUUUUAAGAGUCUCUCCCCUGGAAUAUGGGCCCAGCACUUAUUAGGCGCCCAGUGUGCUUGUUCGGAUCAUUAUGGUAUUCUAGUUUAUACCAAUGAAAACCUGUUCCAAACAAGCCAGUUUUAAAUAAACAAUUUUUUACGCGUGAAUGAGGUGUAGUAGCUUGUAAAUUAAAAUUUGGCUUACCCUAUUUUUUUAUAAAAAAUAUACAUUUGUUAGUGAUUUUUUGUAAUUGAACAGAUUGACAAGAAAAAAGAAUCUUCAAGACCUUUAACUU